ACACCGGCGACACACAGGACCAUAGUGUUUGUUUACGUUGUUUAUCAACGUGAGAGUUCUGAGAUUCAAGUGCGCCGAAACGAAUAUUAAAUAUUAAAAACCGCCGGCGUAAAUGUUGAAGAGGCUGUUCAGCACAAUGAGUAAACGAAAACCGAAUUUAGCCAAGCUGAAACCAAAAUCAAUUGAUGAUACUUCAGUAGCAUCAGGUAUCAGUAAGACUGUGGCAACGAAUUCAAUCAACACUUUGCAAUACUUUGCAUACUCGCCGAAGAAAACUCGAAGUAAAAUUAAAAUCGAGUUUGAGCGGUCAUCAACCGUUAAAGCUGAAGUUGUUGGUGCGACUGAUGCUAAGAAAUCAAAGACCGCCAUUAAAACGGAAACUGUUGAUACCGACGCUCUGAAGACCGAGGUGAAGCCAAAAUCAGAAAUCAAAUCCGAAUCAGCUGUUGAUGUCCCGAAAAACGAUGAGCCUGAAAGUGAUGGAGAAAACAAGAAACCGAAAUGGGAACCGAAGAACUGGCGAGAAACGUUGGAGAACAUCAAAAAGAUGAGAAAGGGUCAAAAUGCCCCAGUUGAUACCAUGGGCUGCCACAAGUGUCACGAUGACACUGCCGAUGAGAAGACACAACGUUAUCACAUCCUUAUCGCCCUAAUGUUAUCCAGUCAAACAAAGGAUCAAACUAAUUUUGCGGCAAUGCAGCGCCUCCGUGAGCAUGGUUUGACUCCGGAAACAAUUGUUUCAUCGGAUGUUAGCGUUUUGGAGAAACUGAUCAAUCCGGUGUCGUUUUACAAGACCAAAGCCAAAAAUAUUCAAAAAGCUUCCCAGAUCCUCAUCGAUGAAUAUUCCUCGGACAUUCCAAAUACUCUUGACGGUCUACUGAAGCUGCCAGGUGUAGGUCCCAAAAUGGCUCACAUCUGCAUGAACACUGCUUGGAAUAUUGUCACCGGGAUAGGAGUCGAUGUGCAUGUGCAUCGCAUUUCAAAUCGAUUAAAAUGGGUUCCCAAGCCAACAAAAGAACCGGAGAAAACUCGAGUUGAACUGGAAAAGUGGUUGCCGUUUGAAUACUGGACGGAGGUCAAUUGUCAAUUGGUUGGAUUCGGUCAGACUAUUUGCACUCCGACGAAUCCGAAAUGCUCGGAAUGCCUCAAUACGGAAUGUCCAUCGAGGAAUGUGAAAAAAUGAUCUUCUGUUCGUUUUUCCUUGUUUCCUUGUUCCAUCGUUGAUGUUGAAAUAUGUGUCCAGUAUACUCACCACAUCUUUAAUUUCAUUUUCGAGUCGUUGUUGGGAAUCUGUUUCUUUGAGAGCGUUAAAUUACUGUAAAUUAUUAGGAGAUUAAAUCCAAUAAACGUUGCAU